CACACACGCGCUCGUGAUCGGCCCUGGGACCGGAGCGCUCGCACGGCGUUCGCCAGUUUUUCGCCGCGACUCGUUGGCUCAGUUCAACCGAUUGCGCUCGAGCGAAAGGACUCGAUGUUUCGUGCGAGCAGCCGGUCGAAAGCAAACCAACGCUUUCGGUGAUACUUAUUGUACUUCGACUUUAUUCACGCACACACGACUUUGUUUCGGCCGUGCGGGGCCAGCUUCAAUUGAUUUUUUCCGAGUAGAGUACUUGAUUGGGAGAAAAGAGUUUAAUUACUGCGUCGACGCGGGAGAAGAGCACCAAGCGAUACAAGGUGGCCCGGUGAUCCUGCAGCGGGAAUCGCUUCUCUCUACCAGACUAAUUUGAGGGAAGAUCGAUUCGACAAGACACAAUGGCAUCGACGAGCUUGGAGGACCUGCCCGAUAGGAUUGGAGCGACUUUCAAAGGUCGGGACAUCUUGAUAACCGGAGGAACCGGAUUUUUGGGAAAAGUGUUAGUUGAAAAGUUCCUGCGUUGCCUGCCAGAGAUUAAUCAGCUUUACCUGCUGGUCAGGCCGAAAAAGGGCAAAGACCCGAAGCACAGACUGGAUGACAUUUUCAACUCGGCGUUGUUCGAAAAGGUGAAAGAACUAAGAGGCGUCGAGGGUCUGAAAAAGAAGGUCACGAUAAUCAGCGGCGACGUCUCGCAUCCCGGUUUGGGCAUUUCAGCGGAGGAUAGAAAAUUGCUAUGCGAAAGAAUAAGCAUAGUUUACCAUGGAGCAGCCACAGUCAGAUUCGACGAGUUACUGAAACGGGCUGUGAUUUUAAACACACGAGGCACAAAACAGAUGUUAGAUCUGGCCAAAGAUAUGAAAAAACUUGAACUCUUUGCACACAUAAGCACGGCGUACUGCCACCUUGAAGAGAAGGUCUUGGGCGAAAAACCAUAUCCUCCACCGGCGGAUCCGCACAAAAUAAUCAAAUGCGUCGAAUGGAUGGAAGACGAGGUCGUCGAAGCUAUGACGGACAAAAUUCUUGGAGAUCUUCCGAACACAUACGCCUUCACGAAGGCUCUAUCAGAAGGACUUGUUGAAGAAGUCAUGAACGACAUCCCUGCUAUAAUUCUGAGACCAAGUAUUGUGAUUCCGAUCUGGAAGGAGCCGGUCGCCGGCUGGACAGACAACAUCAACGGACCAACAGGUCUGCUUAUCGGCGCAGGCAAAGGUGUCAUCCGAACUAUGUACUGCAACGAGAACGGCUACGCGGACUACGUGCCCGUUGACAUCGGUGUAAACGCGAUCCUCGCCGUCACGUGGAACUACAUCGGCAACAAGCAGCACGAAAAGCGCGUCUACAAUCUCACCAGCAGCAGCGAAUUCAAGGUUUCGUGGGCCGAGAUUAUCGAGCGAGGCCGUCGAAUCACGGAGAAAGUGCCGCUUAACGGCGUCGUCUGGUACCCUGGUGGCAGCAUGAAGAAAUCACGUCUGAUGCACAAUAUCUGCGUGCUCUUCUUCCACAUGAUACCGGCAUACCUCAUCGAUAUGCUCAUAUUUUUGGCCGGCCACAAGCCCAUAAUGUGCCGAGUUCAUCGUCGUAUUCAAAAGGGCUUCGAAGUAUUCGAGUACUAUGCAAACAAUCAAUGGGACUUUGAAAAUGCAAAUAUAGCAGAACUUAGAUCACUUCAAAAUGAAAAAGAAAAAGUACUUUACCAGUUACAUGGGGACGACAUGGAUCUGGACAACUAUUUUGAAAAUUGCAUACGAGCUGCAAGGGUUUUCAUCUUGAACGAACCACCGGAAACUUUACCUGCUGCUCGACGACAUAUGAGAGUAAUGUACUGGGUAGAUAUUGUCACGAAAAUACUGUUUUUCGUUCUGCUUAUAUACACAAUGGCUUGCUGGAGCGAUAGUUUCAAGGCGUUGCUUGUCGGUGGAUGGCGGCUUCUCGACCGGGCAUUAACUAAUUAAUUGUCCCUCAAAUAAAGUUUUUUUUUUAAUAUUUAGUACCUUCACAUUGUAAAUUUACCAAAUAAAUAUUAAAUAAUUAAGGCAACAGAGGUGAUUAAGACGGAAAGUAGUCUGAAUACCUCUCCGCGAAUACAGUUGUGUAUGUACAUAUACAUGGUCUAGAUACCUCAAGCUUCUUUUUACAAGAAAAAUUGAAGAAAAAAUAUGAAUCAUGAAGAAAUUUUCGCGAGGCUACUCGUGUUUAUAUCUAUCUAAAACGAAAUCAUUGUAUAUUAUUUCUAUUUUAUAAAAGAUAAUGUAUGUUUAGAAUAUGGAUGGAAAAAAUAAAUUUUUAAAAACACAUUUGUCUCACUAUUAAGUGGAUUUUAUUUUCGUUUAAGAUGUUAUGAACAUUACCCGCCUAGACGGAUUCUUGUACAGGCGGUUCGUAGCCUUCUGGUCUCUCUACCUUUGAUCCGGUUUCUCCACCUUCUCCUCCCUUGGCGCUUCCACCGUCACCGUGAAGCUCGAGAAGCUU